UAUAGAAUGAAAUAAUUGUAUAGAAUAAAAUGACUGUGUGUGUGUGUGUGUGUGUGUGUGUGUGUGUGUGUGUGUGUGUGUGUGUGUGUGUGUGUGUGUGUGUGUGUGUGUGUGUGUGUGUGUGUGUGUGUGUGUGUGUGUGUGUGUGUGUGUGUGUGUGUGUGUGUGUGUGUAUACAUUUAUUUGCAAACGCACAUUAUUGAAUGAUCAUAAAUCUGUUUACAGAUAGUAUAUUUUCCAGUUUACUUCAAGCACAAUUAUUACCUCCUCAGCCGCCAUUAUACAUAUUUGUUUGCAGUUGUUAGAGCAAGACAAUUGUUUUCAAAAUAGAAAUUAAAGUAGUCAAAUUGUUUACUGCCACCGCCGCCGCCACCGCUUUUUCAGUUUGAUUGUUAGAGUAUAACAUUUUAAUCAUAUUUGUUUUCCAAUCAUUACUGCCAAUGAAAACGUGACAAUGUUUUCACCGCCAAUCAUUAUUGACAAUGAAAACACUCACAAAACUUGUUGCUACUUUUUUACAGUUUGUAAAUUAAUUUCAAAAAAUAUUUCAUUAUACUUAUGUGUUGAUUGUUGGCGUUGCGGCUUCUUCGCUUGUUGCUGCAGCUGCUGCUUUAUCGGAUUGUUGGUUGUCCAUUUGCACUGUGCAUGAAACGUCACACUAUAAUCGAAUGCAAGCAAUAUCAUGUCGCUCGAUGCUUUUAUAAUUUUGAGCCGCUCGGUACCAUCAACUGUCAGUUUGUUAUCACGCAGAACAUGUGGGGGUUGCAAUAAUUAUAUAAGUAUGCAUGUGCACUGCACAAUGAAUAAAUUAAUAUCUUUCACUCAGCUAACAUUGGCAGAUGUUAAGUCCGUUACAGAGACGCAAGGUGCACACAUUUUGCCCGUUAAUUGUCCUUAAGAAAUUUGCAAACGAUAUUUUUCCUUAUCAGUGUUCCGGACAUCUGUACUAAAUUUCGCAUACAACAUAUGCACAAAACAGAUAUACUUUCUUUGAACUUCUUACCAUCUAUAUUCAUCAAGUUGAUAAUAUAUAAUGACGAAAAACUGCGUCCUUCUGUUAGUAUCAGUUUGAAACUCCUACAACACUACGUCGAUGUCAGCAGAUCAAACCUCGCCUAUGGCAGCACCAAUCAACAGCGAAACCAAUGAAAUUUACACUAACGAGUUGUGGUCCGAGGACGGGGCAAUGGCUAUGCUGGAGGCUGAACUAUUGCGAAGCGACGCCGCACCCGCCGACGCUGGCGUCGAACUGUUUGAUGAAGAUGAUUCAUUAUUGGAUCUAUUGACCAGAGCUGAGAACCAACUAAAGGAACAAAAGCUCUGGCAGUUUCCUCUUCAUCAAACAGUUCGGUGCCAGCAACAGGUUUCCAGCCUCGAUCACCCUCCCCCUUCAUCGCCGCAUUGCCAGCAGCUUGUGGUAUACACGCCACCACCACCCGCCACCCGAGCUGCUGCUGCCCGGAUCCCCCCCGCCCCCACCGUCACAACAAGAAUCCCCCCCGCCUUCACCAUCACAUCACACCAACAAGGAUGUCCCCCCACCGCCGCCGCCUCUACCUCCGCCUCCACCACUCAUCCUUAUAGACGUCCACGCGCAAUCUUAGGAUCUAACUCUAUGCGGCAUGAAUUUGAUUUCGAUGGACUGAUAAGGUUUUCAGAUCCAUCCCGACGUCGUACAAUUGCGUUAAAACAUUUAUCCAAUGCAUUUCAGUAUCCUGUUUUAGGUGCGCGUGUUGUGCACUCCUACAACAAGGAUGCUGUUAUCAUUAGGGUAGCAAAUGUAGGACGUCGGGGCAACGAAGAUGCCAAAAUUGAAACUUUCAUGCCGCAUAGAUUUACUACUAAGAUUAUGCGUGCGAAUGUGCAGUCGUUUAAUUCAGGUUGCCACAAUUUAAUAAUGCAAGUUGUUCACAGCGAAGGUCGUUCCUCUGAUAUAAGGCUGAAUCGACGGUCGCGGCAGCGGCCGUAGAUUCAGCUGAUCAGAGGAACAUUUUUAAAUUAAUA